AUGAGGAUCUUGCAGUACAUUUGUGAAGUUGCCAACACAGAACUACUACGCAAAAUCAGGGAUAUCAUCCACGAGCCAAGAAAAGUCAAAGAGUCUGCAGCUCACACGGAUCGAGUUAUCAACCUCUACGUUCGGAUCAGAAAGUUCGACAAAAUCUCCAUCUUGGCGCAGUCAGCCAAAUACAAAUGCCAGCUGCUCUAUUACGAGAAUUUUGAGACGGACGUAUCUUCCAAGAAGGCUCAGAUGCAGGCCGAGAAACAGAAGUACGAUGUCAAAAGAAUGGCCAACCGGAGGAGAGGCUUGCCAUUACCGGUUCGGGGCGAAGAAAGCGGGAAAAGUGGGCAGAGUGCCGAUGCCUCCGUGAGGGACGAGUAUACUGACAAGAUCGCAUCCCAGACGGGUUUGAAUAGAGUCACUGUGCGGACUGAGCUCAACCAGAAUCUAAGGAAGGUAGAAUACUGA